CUAUCAGAUUCCCAUGGGUCUUCUUAGAUCAAAACCUAUUUCCCGAAAAAUCUAUUUUCUCAAAACCCCUCAGAUUUUUGAAGAAUAGCAUCUGCAUCUGUUCAAAACUUGAACUUUCGCCCCUCUAUUUUUCUCUAUUUACACUCGAAAACACCGAUUAUCGCCGAUUUAAUAAUUUUUUUCAUGAAUCGAAACAAUGCGCGGGAUUCCGAAAAUUUUCUCUCGCUCUCCCUCUCCCUCUUCUAUAUCUAUACAAAUUUAGAUAUAGAGAGAGAAAGAGAUACAUAGAGAGAGAGAGUUUCUCUCUCUAAAAUCUACAACUCUUGAUUCUCAUCUGGCUUGUUGUGGAGCUAGCUAAGAGUUUUGAUGGAGCUGAUGCUGUUGUUUUUGUAGAUUUUAUCUGGUGAAAGUUUAGUGUAAUUUUUUGAUAAGUUUGUUGGUGUUUAUUUAGAAAGAGAUCUAGAAAAUGUUAGGAAGUGAGCAACCUUUGGAUUUGUAUAAACUGUUCAUGGUGGUGAAGGAUAAAGGUGGUUAUGAUGUUGUUUGUAAAAACAGGCUGUGGGAUUUGGUUGGGGAAGAGUAUGGGUUGGGUGUGAAUGUUGGUUCGUCUGUUGAACUUGUUUACAGUAAGUAUUUGAGUACUUUAGAGACGCCGUUGAAGAAUGUAGUUGAUGGUGAGUUUCCUAAGUGUGAUUUAGUGGAUGAUAGAGUUAAGUUUGGCGAGCGGUUGAUGGAGUUGCAGGCUGAGUUUUUGUUGGAGGAUUAUGGCGAGGAAGAUGAUGAACUCAAGGGUGUUUAUGAAUGUAGGAGGAAGUUUUGCGGUACUAAUAGGGUGAAGGGCGUGAACCCUGAGUUGAAUGCGGCUGAACUUGAAAGGGUUUAUGACUACAUAGAUGGGAGGAAGUUAUGUGAUGCUAAUGGAGUGAAGGAUGCCAAUCUUGAGUCUAAUGCGGUUAAGAAAGUUAAGAGCGGAGGAGUUGUUGAUGUGUGUAUGCAGGAAAGUAGGACAGAUGCUGUUGAAACAAUGGAAGAGUUUGACGAGGGUAGAAUAAAAGUAGUGGAUGUAUCCGAAACAGUAAACGAUAUGCCUGGGUUGUCAGAUGGAAGCAAGAGGUGUGAUAAUGAUGAUGAUGCUGAUUUCUUAAUAUUGGAUACGUCUAGUGUUAAUAGAGAGAGCUUUGGUCGGAAAAGGAAGAGAGAGUCAAUGUCAGAAAUUCUAAGUUGGGUUACUAGCACUGCAAAGAAUAUUUGUGAUCCUGUUGUAGGUUCAAUGCCUGAAAAGUCAAAGUGGAAGUCUUACAGUAAUGAAGAGACCUGGAAGAAGGUUUUGUUGUUUCGAGAAGCUGCCUUUUUGAAAAAGGAUUUUGGAUCAAACUGUGAAAAACUCACUUGGCUGGCUCAGAAGAUGCAUCCUUGCAUGUAUGAUGAUAGCCUUGGGGCAAAUUACAAUCUUAGACAGAGGAUCAAAUCUGACAAUGGAGUUUUAGUUGGAAAAUCUGCAUCUAUCUUUUCAAGGUUGCGAAGAACCUCAAGUGAUACUGAAAGCAGUACCAAAAAAAAGUUACGUGCCUCCUGUUCUUCUGAAUCAAUUCUUGACACACCUCCCACAGUGAACAUCCCUCUUGGGCCAAGCCAUCAAGCUGAGGUGCCUGAAUGGACUGGGACGACUCAUGAGAGUGAUUCUAAGUGGUUGGGAACCCAAGUAUGGCCACUAAAAACUGUAAAAUCCAGACUUUUGGAUAGGGAAUCUGUUGGAAAUGGAAGACGCAAUUCAUGUAAAUGCAGAGUACAAGGCUCUGUUGAGUGUGUUCGAUUUCACAUUGCUGAGAAAAGGGCUAAACUCAAGCUGGAAUUAGGUGCGGCCUUUUAUCAGUGGAGUCUAGAUAAGAUAGGUGAGGAAGUUAGGCGAUGGUGGACACCGCAAGAAGAGAAGAAGUUCAAAGAUGUAGUGAAAUCGAAUCCUGCUUCACUUGAUAGACGUUUCUGGGAUGAUAUUUUCAAAGCAUUUCCUAAGAAGAGCAGGGAAAGUUUAGUCAACUACUACUUCAAUGUCUUUCUUUUGCAGCGCAGAGCAUACCAGAAUAGGCAUACUCCUGAUAACAUCGAUAGCGAUGAUGAUGAAUCGGAGUUUACACCAUUGAAGGGUGUUUUUGGACAUCAAACUAGUAAAUCACCCAGCUUCACCUUAUUAUCCCCUAAGAAGCCACAAACAAAGCCACAGUCGAAGGGAAGAUAGGGUCAGUUAUGAGGUAAAAGAUGUUGCCUUUGGUGGUGGAAGCAGAUAACAAGUAACUAUGAAGAUCUGAUAUACUAGAAGUUCAAGUUGCUGCUUUUUGUUCACAUGCAUUUAAUUUUGAGAACUACAUUCUGUCUGUUCACAGUGAUGCAUUGCAGCCACAGCUUCUUUUAAUUACACAUAUUUUCACCAGAUUUUGGCAAAGGUUACAUCAAAGUUGAAACAACACCAUGAAUAUACCAGCAAAUUUUUAUUGUAGAUGAUCAUGAAACAAAUGCACCAAAGUUUAACUUAAAUUUCAGCUUGUCCAAAUUUCUAAUUGAUGUUUCUUUCAAUACAAUUUGAAAAUUGUUUUAGGCUUGGGUAUUUGGAAGUUUGCCAAUUACCUUUCCUAUAUGCCAACUUCCAAGUAAUUCUACUUUUGGAGCUAAUACAUUCUAUUGACCCUCCCUAUAAGUUAUGCGGGAGGAGCCAAUGAUAUUUGGUUUACUUAUUAUAA